AUGACAGACAUCGAGCAGACUUUAUAUGAUUCAGAUGGCUCAUCUACUCCUUAUCCUCUGGCCGAGACACUUACAGAUUCAAAGGUUUCUUAUCUCCGAUUCAUCCUCGAUCAACCACUUAUAACCCCCGCUGUCUUGAGUCACAAGUACGAGGGCUUGGGAACCAGCUCAAGUCCAUACCUGGUCACAUGGAUGAAACACGAUCCUCGCAACGCACGGGAAUGGCCCCAGGGAAGGAAAAUACUCACCACGGCCAUUAUGGCAAUACUCACAUUAGCGGCCGCGUUCGUCUCGUCAACAUAUUCGGGCUGCAGGAUCGAAAUCAUAUCAGAGCUUGACACCAACAACGAAGUAUUUUCACUGGGCAUUGCGCUAUACGUCCUGGGCUUCGCACUCGGGCCAUUGCUAUGGGCUCCUCUGGGCGAGUUGUAUGGACGCCAGAUCAUCUUCUUCAUCACCUAUGGAGCCUUCACAGCGUUCAAUGCCGGGAGCGCCGCCGCCCAGCAUAUAUACUCGCUCGUCAUUUUACGAUUCUUUGCGGGAGCAUUUGCGUCCUCGGCUCUGACAAACCCUGGAGGCGUCAUUGCUGACAUGUACGACGCUGAGCACCGAGGCCUAGCGAUGGCUUUGUUUGCCGCAGGCCCAUUCAUGGGACCUGUCUUAGGGCCUAUAGUUGGAGGGUUCUUGGGCGAGACUCGUGGUUGGCGUUGGGUUUCGGGAUUGACCGCCAUCUUCUCUGGGGCUCUGUGGAUUGUCAAUGCUGUUUUUGUACCAGAGACUCAUGCGCCCUACAUCUUGCGAAAACGAGCACAGGUUAUGUCCAAGAUGACAGGCCACAUCUAUCGCAGCAAAGUCGAAGCCGACAAGAGCGACAAGUCUGCCUGGGGCGAACUGAGGAUAUCGCUGACCCGCCCUUGGGCGCUGCUCUUCUCUGAACCAAUCGUUCUGCUUCUAUCCAUCUACAUGUCCAUCAUCUACGGGACGCUGUAUAUGUUCUUCGCAGCGAUACCUAUCGUCUUUCAGGAAGACCGCGGUUGGGGUGAAGGAAAAGGAGGCUUGGCUUUCUUGGGAAUCUUGAUAGGAGUGGAUUUGGCCGUGCUCUUAUCCGUCUUAUAUCAGAGGAAAUACAAACGGAUGGUGCAGCAGAACCGAGCCGGCGGUGGGACAGGAUCACUUCCUCCGGAAGCUCGCCUACCGAUGAGCAUGGUGGGAGCGAUUUCUCUUCCCGUUGGCCUCACUUGGUUUGCAUGGACGAAUUAUCCCCACGUCCACUGGAUGGCGAGCAUUGCAGCAGGCGUACCAUUUGGCCUUGGUAUGGUGCUUGUCUUCACGUCAGUCAGUGCCUAUCUCGUCGACACAUAUUCGGUUAUGGCCGCUUCUGCGCUGGCAGCCAAUGUGGUGAUGCGCUCUACGUCUGCCGCCGCAUUUCCUCUGUUUACAGCACAAAUGUAUACUGCGCUGGGCAUUCAUUGGGCCUCGAUGAUUCCGGCGUUUCUAACGGUGGCUUGCGCCCCAUUGCCUUUUUUCUUCUACAACUGGGGUAGUCGCAUUCGAGCCCGAUGCAAAUACUCGGCUGCUGCACAGGAAUUCCAAAGAGAAAUUGAGGAGAAACAGUGA